GUAACUCCUCCCCCUUACGGAAAAGGUCCCUUAGCCCACUUGAUUCUAGCAUCUACCGUCAGGGGCAGCCGCGGCCGGGUGUGUGUGUACCAGGAGGGGAACUCGCGCUGCUGCCGCUUCCUCUGCUGCCCAGGAACAGAGCGAGUGCCCCGGCGACAUGGUGCUGGAGAUCAUCGCUCGGGUGAUCAAGGUGCAGCUUCCCGCCUACCUGAAGAGGCUGCCUGUUCCUGAUAGUAUCGCCGGCUUCAUCAGGCUGACAGUUUCAGAAUGGCUGCAGAUAUUGCCCUUCCUUGGUGUCCUCGCACUGCUGGGCUACCUUGCUAUUCGACCAUUCCUGAUGAAGAAGAAGCAACAGAAGGACAGUUUGAUUAAUCUUAAAAUCCAAAAGGAGAACCCUAAAGUAGUGAAUGAAAUAAAUAUAGAGGACCUGCAUAUUACCAAAGCUGCAUACUGCCGAUGUUGGCGCUCUAAAACGUUUCCAGUCUGCGAUGGCUCACAUAACAAGCACAAUGAGUUAACUGGAGACAACAUAGGCCCACUCAUCCUCAAAAAGAAAGAAGUAUAAGAAGUGCCUGAGUCUGCCUUCCAUGUACAAAUUAAUGUCCGUGCCUAUUUUGCAAAACAAGCCUUGGAAAAGAAAUUAAAAAGAUCUCUAUUGCUGAAUUAUUUUAGUGUCCUGGAAGAGGAUCCUUGGUGCCUACAUUGAUGGACUUCUGUAUGACAUGCUGGAGUAAUUUUGCUGAUACAAACUUUGUUACGUGACUCUUCUAGGAAGCCAUGAAUACCCCAUUAGAUGACAAUCUGUCCUUUCACCACUGAUAGAGGGAACACAUACAAUAAAAUGUACAUAGGUCCAUAUAAAAGUCUGUGAUGUCUUAGGAUAGAUCUUCAGAUGUGUCUGUAGGGGUGUAGUAUGGUAUGCCGGCGGCCGGGCUCCCGGCGACCAGCAUACCGGCGCUGGGAGCCCGACCGCCGGCAUACCGACAGCGUGGCGAGCGCAAAUGAGCCCCUUGCGGGUUCGCUGUGCUCGCCACGCUGCGGGCACGGUGGCGCGCCACGCUAUUUAUUCUCCUUCCAGGGGGGUCGUGGAACCCCACAAGGGAGAAAAUCUGUCGGUAUGCUGGCGCCGGUAUAAUGUGCGCCGGGAUCCCGACAGUCGGCAACCUGAAGACCACCCGUCUGUAGAGUGACAUGAAGUAGGUCAUAUCUUACAUCUGUUACCUUUUUGUUUGUUAUUGUCACAGCCGGUAUUCCAGGAGUAGCUCGGUAACCUGUGAUGUGCAGAAAUAGUCUUAUUUUAUGUAGUACUAAUAUUAUAACGUUAGAUGUCUAGGUCAAGGCUUUGUACAUCCAGAUAAUGUUAGAUGUCUAUGGUCAAGGCUUUGUACUUCCAGGUAAAAUGUAACAUGUGGACCACAGGUACUACAGGUCAGUUACAGAAUGGCUCCUUUUACCAUUUCAUAUUUCGGAUCAUUGCAUUUGGAGACAAAGCAACAGCUGUACUUAACGUUAAUAAAUUCUACUGGAUAAAUAAAAAUUAUCUUGUGA